UCUUCCAGAGCUGUGGACGGUGGGCGGAACCGGACCAAACGCAAACAUGGCGGCGUCCUUAGAUGAUGAUUUUGAGUUUAAUAACCAGGACUACUACUCUCUGCUCAACGUCAGGAAAGAGGCUACAUUGGAGGAGCUAAAGGCGUCAUAUCGGAGGCUGUGUAUGCUCUACCACCCUGACAAACAUCGAGACCCCGAGCUCAAAGGCCAGGCUGAACAGCUCUUCAACCAGGUGCACCAGGCAUAUGAAGUGCUAAGUGAUGCUCACUCCAGAGCCAUCUAUGACAUCUUUGGGAAGAAAGGGCUGGAGGUGGAAGGCUGGGAGGUGGUGGAGAGGAAGAGAACUCCAGCAGAAAUUCGAGAGGAGUACGAAAGGCUGCAGAGAGAACGAGAAGAGAGGAGACUGCAGCAAAGAACUAACCCCAAGGGCACCAUCAGUGUGGGUGUGGAUGCAACGGACCUGUUUGACCGCUAUGAUGAGGACUUUGAAGAGAUGCCAGGAGGAGGGUUUCCUCAUAUUGAAAUCAACAAGAUGCACAUUUCCCAGUCCAUAGAGGCUCCUUUGACAAACUCUGACACAGCGGUUUUGUCUGGUUCGCUCUCUACACACAAUGGGAAUGGAGGGGGCAACAUUAACAUGACCGUACGAAGGGUUACGUCAGCCAAGGGCUGGGGAGAGCUGGAGUUUGGUGCAGGAGACAUACUUGGACCUCUCCUUGGAUUAAAGGUGUUUCGCAACGUCACUCCGCGAUGUUUCUUGACAGCCCAGUGCGGUUUGCAGUUCUCUCCUCGAGGUUUGCGGCCCAGCUGUUCUCUGAUGACGGCACGCCACCUGGACCAGAACACCAUGGGUUAUCUGCAGUGGCGCUGGGGGCCCAACAGCGCCAUGACCACCAGCCUGGUCCGAGACACAAAGAGCAGCCACUUUACUUUAGCUCUGCAGCUGGGUGUGCCUCACUCCUACCUGAUGAUGAGCUACCAGUACAAAUUCCAGGAUGAAGACCAGACUAAAGUUAAAGGCUCUGUGAAGACAGGCUGGUUUGGUACUGUAGUGGAAUAUGGAGCUGAGAGGAAGAUCAGCCGACACAGUGUCCUGUCAGCCACUGUCAGCAUCGGGGUCCCUCAGGGAGUCACACUCAAGAUCAAGUUGGCGCGUGCCAGUCAAACAUACCUGUUUCCAGUCCACCUGACAGAUCAGCUGCUGCCCAGUGCCGUCUUCUACGCCACUGUGGGACCCCUGCUGCUUUACAUGGCCAUCCACAGACUGGUCAUCAUCCCAUAUACACAAGCACAGAAAGAGCAAGAGCUGGAGCUGCAGAGGAAGAGCUCUGCCACAGACAUUGCCAAGAAGAAGCAGGAGGCUGAGUCUGCUGUGAGUACUCGCACUCACAUGCAAGCGGAAGAAUCCAAGAUGGGCCUGAUCAUCCUGAAUGCUUGGUAUGGAAAGUUUGUGUCAGACACCAGCCAGAAGCAAGAGAAAGCAAAGGUCAUUGACGUCACUGUGCCUCUGCAGUGCCUUGUCAAGGACUCCAAACUCAUCCUCACCGAGUCCUCUAAGGCAGGGUUGCCGGGCUUCUAUGACCCCUGUGUAGGAGAGGAGAAGAGUCUUAAAUUACUGUACCAGUUCAGAGGUGUCAUGCACCAAGUCAUCUCUGCAGACACCGAGUCGCUACGGAUACCCAAGCAAUCUCACAGAAUUGAGUCUGAGUCUUAGGAGCCCACCGCUGUUGGAGCACCAGAGGGCAAAUGCAGAUAAAAACAGACUUUGUGUAAACGGAAGAACCCAAGAACGGAGGGGGACACAUCAACAAUAAGUCUGUUUCUUUCCUCUGGUCCUCUUCUGUCAUGGUAUUAGUGAAUCUGUUUAUCGAGUUCCUCCACUCCUCCCUCUCCUGUGGGCCAUCUCCGCGGUUCAGCAGAAUACAGGAGUCAGCUCAGAGUUUCUACAAGGUGUCAUCCUUUGUGUCUCUAGUCUGCCAAACUUGACAGGGCUGCUCAAAUAUCUGCCUGCUGCAGGAGAUAAGACAUUGGCCCUGAACAUAGUUUUUAUAUAUGCACUACACAGAGGGGACUGAUGGUCCCAUCAAUAAUGAGCUAAAAGUGAUAAAUUUAAAAAUGUGUAUUGACAUUUAUUAUGUCAGUUAUAUACAAAUGAGCUGUAGUAUCACCCCAUAUAAUUGUAGUUUCUAUACUGUGUAUCACCCCUGGUAGGUUUUAAUCUAAUAAUGUUAUAACAUACUGUAUCAUUUCACUAACUCAUGCAAAUGUUUAGAGUAACACUAUGCAGGAUUGUGUCUUGGCGACCAUGAGACUGGCCAGGAUUUGAGGAUUGAUGUGUAACUCGUGUUUAUGUUUACUUGUUGAAAUGUGUCAUCCUAUUUUAUCAUGCCUUUUAGUGACAUGUCUGCUGCUCAUGGGGGUGCCAGUCAGCAGGUGAAAACUGGUGCUCAAAACUUAUAUCUGUGAGGGGGUUGGUGAUAUAGAAGUUGGCGAAGGGAAAGUAAUAGAGAUGCCCUUUGAUCCAGCCACGGAGAGACAGGCUUGAAUUCUUCAUACAGAUUUCUUUAUAUUUCAGGCUACACUGCAGUUUAAAGGCAGAAAUUCCACUUAGAUUUGAUUUGCGUCAGUGUUUAUUGAUUAACUGCACAGUGGCAGCAAAAACAGAAUUUUUGACAAUGAUUUUUAAUGCGGUGAAGGUUAUAGUUUAUAUUUCACUCGAGUACAUCCAACACUAAGCCCUAGUUUAUGGUUGGGAUGCGACCAGUAGAGGGUGUAGGUCAACGCUUUCUGUGAAGGUCAUGUUUGCAGCUGACUAACUUGUUAUUAGAGCUGACCUGAGCCACACUAAAACCAUUUUACUGAUGAUGGCACAUUUACACAGCUGGAUUUAUUCGUGUGACUGUUUUAAUUUGCAGUUCUCUCUCUUUGUUCAAUUUUAUUUUAAUUAAUCUGCAAAUGCCAUGUUACUACUUCUUCUACAUGGUAAUGUAUAAGAUGCUAAAACCAUCCACAUACUAACUUACCUCUGCUGUUGCUAUCAGAGGGGUGAGGUUGACAUGGGAAAGAGUAAAAUAUCCUAUGAUGCACUUUCUGUUCAGAUAUAGAUAGAAGUCCCAAAGUUUUUAUUAUAAAUUGCACAUUACAACUAUAAACCCCUAUUCCUCACCCCAAUCUGUCUAUGUGUCAGUAGUUGUAAAGUUGGAUUGAAACUGUAACCACAAAGGGAAAUGCGAGUGAGCGAGUGUUAGUACAUUAUGUCUGUCAUGGGCUGCUGGGAAUCCUUGAAAACACUAUCAAAACCACUACUGUAGGAUACAAUUGAUAUUUUAUUGAGUACAAAGGUAAUAUUUUGCACACAAUGUACAGUAUUUCAAACAAAUAUUAGAGGUCAGUUGUCAUGAAAGUGGCGAAGCCUCUAAUCGAAGCUAUACACUGUUACUGAACUUCAGAGUUCGGGGUGACUCUAAACGGUGCCCUCCUUUUGAUUCAUUUAGGUUUUGCCAUUGCUGUGAUCGACCUGAAGGUGUGGGUAGACUCAAAUGAAAACAGCACUGAGAUAGAUGUUUCAGUAUUUAGUCGGACUGUCUGUCUCUACAGUGAGAUCCAGUGGUCUAACGUUAGGGUCACUAUCACACCAGCCAUUUUGCACUGGUUCUAUUUGUACUCUUGUUUUAAGUGUGAUGUAUAAGUAUUUUGACAGGUCAGCUGUUCACCUCUGCUCCAGUGCCACCAUGAGGCCAGCAGAAAGACUGCUCCCUGCUGUUACACCCCAGCCCAUCAUCCAAACUGACUCACAUUAGUAUGUAAAUGUACUGUAUGGUUCGGGAGCCUGUGUUCUGUCCUGU